AUGUCUAGGCUGAACGGCAAGAAACAGGACUACCCCGGUAUAAAGGCAGUCUACAAUUCCCAAGCCGGCUACAACACAUCCGACACACUGAGCGACCUCUCAAGACUCAAGCUGAACAGCAAAGACAUGGAGCUCAAAACCAUUCCAAUCCCUCACCGCGAAGGCCUCAAUCUGAUCCUGGGUCAGUCCCAUUUUAUCAAAACAGUCGAAGACCUCCAUGAAGCCAUAUUCAACGCUGUCCCGGGGGCCAAGUUCGGUCUUGCAUUCUGCGAGGCGUCGGAUGCCUGCCUGAUCCGACAUUCAGGAACGGAUCCGGAGCUUGUACAACUUGCCCAGGACUCCGCCGUGGUCAUAGGAGCCGGCCACAGCUUCAUCGUUCUCCUACGCGAUAUAUAUCCCAUCAAUGUCCUCGGUGCCAUCUGCGCCGUCCCCGAAGUGUGUCAUAUCUUCUGCGCUACGGCGAAUCCCGUGGAGGUCAUCGUGGCACAAACAGAACAGGGACGGGGAAUCUUGGGGGUUGUGGAUGGUUUCCUUCCCAAGGGCGUCGAAAGUGAAGCGGACAUAGCAAAGCGCAAGGCAUUUCUGCGGCAGAUUGGAUACAAGGCCUAA